AUGAGAGAGAGAGAGGACAGGGUAUCAUUAGAUGAUGACAGUGAUGAUGUGAGAGAGGACAGGGUAUCACUAGAUGAUGAUGAUGAUGAUGAGAGAGAGGAAAGAGUAUCAUUAGAUGAUGACAGUGAUGAUGAGAGAGAGGACAGGGUAUCACUAGAUGAUGACAGUGAUGAUGAUGAUGAUGAUGAGAGAGAGGACAGGGUAUCAUUAGAUGAUGACAGUGAUGAUGAGAGAGAGGACAGGAGAGGACAGAGUAUCAUAUUAGAUGAUGACAGUGAUAUUGAGAGAGAAGACAGGGUAUCAUUAGACGAUGACAGUAAUGAUGAGAGAGAGGACAGAGUAUCACUAGAUGAUGACAGUGAUGAUAAGAGAGAGGACAGAGUAUCACUAGAUGAUGACAGUGAUGAUGAUGAUGAUGAGAGAGAGGACAGGGUAUCAUUAGAUGAUGACAGUGAUGAUGAGAGAGAGGACAGGGUAUCAUUAGAUGAUAAUAGUGAUGAUAUUAUUAGAUAA